AUGCCAAAUGUAUGGAUCAAGCCACCCUCACUGCCUGAAGGAGGCUUCCAGCAGCUCUGGUCGUGGCUGUAUCCAGUCUUCACCACGUCGGAUGCAGACCUUGUGCGGACUGCGGGGCUAGACUCUUUGAUGCUGAUCUGGACAGCGUCUCUUGGGAUUCAGUCUUUCAUUGGCCCAUGCGCGCAUGCUGACAGCUGCAAGUUUGCUUUCGCAGUGCUGCCGAUCAAUCUGUAUGGCAGAAGGGACAGGCAUCUAGAAGAUGUCACGACCGGCGCUGUGGCGUUUCAGCGACUCACUCUGUCCAGCCUGGCCCGAGGGUCUGAUCAGUACUGGGUUGCCUUUGCCUUUGUGUAUCUCGCAACGGCCUAUGUCUGCUGGCUGCUUCUCAAGUACUACCAGGCGCAUGCGAUACUGAGGCAGCGGUACAUGACGGGCGGAGAGGCACUGAUCAACCAGUGGCACGACCGAAUCAUCAAGGGGCAGGCAAACUCCACGCUGACCGCCAAAGCUGCGUCACCCGCUUACCUCACACCACAUACACCUCACCCCGCAGAAGGGGACAGCGCCAAAUUCUGGACUGCUGUCCGCGGCCUCAUCGAUGUGAACACACAGAUGGAAAACCUCACGGAGAGCUUUGGCGAUCCUUGCCGGAACUGCAUGGACAGCUAUGACAUACGGGCGGACAAGAAGAUGUCUUCCUUGGAGGAUGUCAAUCUCAAGUCACUGCCGGUCACAUCUGCCACCGCCCUCAGGGCACAGCUGCGCCAGUCGCCCUUCGCAGACGGCGCGCGCAACAGCCGAUCACUGCCCACCCAGCCAGAGGAGGAUGAGCUGGAGCACAGCCUGCGCUCCUGCUACAUGAAGGGCGAUGAUGCCAGCGUGCCCUCAGGCCAGGCAAUGACGCGCAAGCUGGAGGAGGCGGAGGCAACGCAGUCGGACGGCGGGUACGAGCCGCCUGCGCUGGGCCCGCGCAUGCGCCACUCACCCGGCGGCUUGGACGUGGAGGCCGGCUGCGCGGGCAGCAGCACAGCGGAGCCCAUCAGCCGCUACGAGAGCAGGGCCCCCAAGGACGCAGGCGCGUGA